UUGUUAUUUCCUGGUUGGAGGGGCCGCCAUUUUGGGCUGUGACAGACUUGACUCUCGUCUUGUAUUUUCGUUGUCACCCAGAUAUCUUUUUAAUUAUUAUUUCGACGGUUAGAUCAAGAAGCUGUUUGAAUAUACGCUGAACAAAAAAAUCAAGUGUUGAAAGUGAGAUGUCAACCAUGAAUCCCGAAUAUGACUAUUUAUUCAAGCUGCUGCUGAUUGGAGACUCUGGUGUUGGAAAAUCUUGCCUGCUCCUUAGAUUUGCAGAUGAUACAUAUACAGAAAGUUAUAUCAGUACAAUUGGUGUGGACUUUAAAAUCAGAACAAUAGAGUUAGACGGCAAGACCAUCAAACUUCAAAUUUGGGACACAGCUGGUCAGGAGCGGUUUCGAACAAUCACAUCCAGUUACUACAGAGGGGCACAUGGCAUCAUAGUUGUGUAUGAUGUUACAGACCAGGAGUCUUUUAACAAUGUAAAACAAUGGCUUCAGGAAAUAGAUCGUUAUGCCAGUGAAAAUGUUAACAAGUUAUUGGUAGGAAACAAAUGUGAUCUGACAACAAAGAAGGUGGUGGAUUAUACAACAGCAAAGGAAUUUGCAGACUCCCUUGGGAUCCCAUUUUUGGAAACAAGCGCAAAGAAUGCAACAAAUGUAGAACAAGCCUUCAUGACAAUGGCUGCUGAGAUUAAAAAACGAAUGGGGCCUGGAGCUACAUCUGGUGGUUCUGAAAAGUCAAACGUAAAUAUCCAAAGCACACCAGUCAAGUCGUCUAGUGGGGGUUGCUGCUAAGGUUUUUCACAAUCUCCAAAUUUGAUGUAAAAGGCCCAAAAGUAAGAAAUGUUGCCUGAAUUGUACUGUAUGUAGCCACACUACUGCAGACUUGCUCCCUUUCCUCUUCCCUGCUCCCUCUCAAGACACACAAUCAGGCACUGAGAAGCCAGUACUGGCUGGAAUUUCCAACAAGUCUAACUUCAUUUUCAGAACUGUUUUAAACUUUAAAGUGUGCAGGUCAUUAAUAAAUAAUGUGCAUAAAUCUCAUGUUAGCAGAUUUUCAUGCAGUUGGUUUAUAUUAUAAAAAUGAUUUUGUUUAUAAUGGCAUGUUUUAAAUGUCAGCAUUAGAUGGAUCUCUGAAGAUGAAGUUUAGCCAUUGCUCAUCAAGCAGCACAGUGUUUUUGUCUUAUUGCCAUCAAUAAAAUUUAGUAAUGUUAUGUCAGAUCUGAUUUUUGCUAGUACUUUCUGUAGAGAUACAAAAAUUACACUGCAUUACCUUCAUAUUCUCUGCAUAUAACUUGUGGCUGCAGGAUAUUGUAAUUUGUUGCACAUGUAUAACAUUAAAACAACUGAAAUGUUUAAUUAUAUUGUACUUAUACUUAAUUUAGAACUAACGUGGUGGCAUAGAAUGGUCCACAAAGCUUCAAUAUCUGCAAGACAAUGAGCUUAAUUGCUGCAGAGCUUUAACUGUCUUAAUUUAUUCUGCAUAUCUCAUUUGUAUCUCACUGUAGAUUUUUGGUUGUGGAUGAUAGUUUUUGGUCUGUAGAUCACUGGUUAUGAUUCCCAUUUGCCUUGAAAAAUGGCUUGUAUUUAUAAAUGGCAUAUGUGAGCAUUGGGACAUUUGCUCAUUGAAAAGGUGCUCCAACCAGAUCACACUUUACAAGUGAAUUUCAUUUAUUCUUGUGCAAUUUUGGAAACUACAUCUGGAUACUAGGUUUUCUGCAGGAAGUUACUGUAUCAGGCAUGUUAACCAUUUCAUUUUAGAACUAGUUUAGGGACCCAUAUAAUUUAAAAUAUUUUAAGCAUGGUGAAGGGUGAUUUAAUUCAAAUUUAUUUUUACUCAUUCUAAAUAAAAUGCUUAAUGGCACUUUCCUCCA